AUGAGGGGACAACUCUUAAAGUCACGUUUAUCUCUGAUAAUCACCGGCCUCUGCUUGGGGAGUCUGCUCACCUCUCUGAUCUGGUACAACAAUAAUGUGGAUCCUCACCGACCGCCGCCUCAAAAGAAAAACGUCACUCAGCCCUUUGGACCUUGUGAAGGCUGCAGGAAGAUCAUCGACAAAGCAGUACAACGUUACUCUCAAACCUGGAAGAAGCAGGAGGACAAUUACCAAAAUUUCAGAUCUAACCUGAGCAGCGAGUGUCAUGGAUUGGACAACGCCAUAAUUACCCAGACCAACACUCCAGUGGGAUCGCGGAUUGUUUUCAACGGGAUUAGGAAAACUCUGAAGGUGACUCCAAAGCUCUUCAGCAUCUUUGCAAAGGAGAGUCCUUUCUCAAAUAAAACAUGGGACACUUGUGCCGUUGUUGGGAGUGGUGGGAUCCUGACUAACAGCAGCUGUGGAAAUGCGAUCGACUCGGCUCAGUUUGUCAUCAGGUGCAACCUCCCUCCUGUGGACAACGGAUACGAGAAACAUGUUGGUGUCAAGACAGACCUUGUUACAGCCAAUCCGAGUAUCUUUACACAAAAUUAUGGGGCUCUGAUUGGACAACGCCGUCCAUUUGUGGAGAGACUGCGCACCUAUGGAAACUCCCUGCUGCUGCUUCCUGCCUUCUCCUAUACCCUAGACACUCCUGUGUCUCUGCGGGUCUUCUCCACCAUCAAGGACUUUCACAGCCCCAUCAGACCCGUCUUCUUAAACCCUGAAUACUUCCGGAGUCUGCUCCUGUUCUGGCGCUCUCAGGGGCUGUACAGAGGGCAGCUCAGCACUGGCAUCAGCAUGGUCAGCCUGGCGCUGGAGCUCUGCAACAACGUUGAUCUGUAUGGAUUCUGGCCCUUCAGUACCCACCCAUAUAGCCUCCACAACCUCACUAGUCACUACUACGACAACAGACAACCUAAAUUUAUAGUCCACGCUAUGCCGACUGAGUUUGAGCUCCUGCUGCAGCUGCACAGUCAGGGCGUUCUCAGGCUUCACCUGGGAGACUGCCAACCAGGUGGAACGGAAGUCAUCGACAAAGCGAACGCUCAAAACUCAGAGAAACAAGAGGACAAUCCCCCAAAAAUCAG